GCCGCUGCAGGGCCUCCCAAGAUGGCGGUGUGCAUCGCAGUGAUCGCCAAGGAGAAUUACCCCCUCUACAUUCGCAGCGUCCCCACUGAGAAUGAGCUGAAGUUCCACUACAUGGUGCACACGUCGCUGGACGUGGUGGACGAGAAGAUCUCAGCACUAGGGAAGGCCCUUGUAGACCAGAGGGAACUCUACCUGGGCCUGCUCUACCCCACCGAGGACCACAAGGUGUACGGCUACGUGACCAACUCCAAGGUGAAGUUUGUGAUGGUGGUGGACGCCUCCAACACAGCGCUGAGGGACAACGAGAUCCGCAGCGUGAGCACCGGAUGUUCCGGAAGCUGCAUAAUUCCUACACAGACGUCAUGUGCAACCCCUUCUACAACCCCGGGGACCGUAUUCACUCAAGGGCCUUUGACAACAUGGUGACGUCCAUGAUGAUCCAGGUCUGCUGAGCAAGACCUCGCUGCUGCUGGCCAGAAACACACCUGUACAUACUGUAUCAUGAGAUGUGUGUAUGCUGUCCCUAGCCUCUUCUCAGCAUAACACACCUGCAGCUGGGCUGAAGCCUGCGUGUGGAUCACUAAAGCUUGUGUGAAGUCAGACUUGGAGUUUUCCUUCCUUGUCAGCAGAGGAAUGAAGAGAGGCAGGGGGUACACACAGCAAGAAGCCACUGCCCCCACUGGGCGUGGGAGGCGGGGGACCCCACAAGAGGGUUGCAGAUGGCUGGAGCUGUGACCACAGAGCAUGGGCCCCGGCAAGGCUUGGGGGCAGGGGCACACAGGUGGCCUCUCCUACCCCAGGUCGUGGUCUGUGGCAUUGGCCACCUGAGCUCAGUACCAGCAGGGUAGGUGGAGGCCUGAUCUGAGGGUUUGCAGAGGGGAUGGCCAUGCACCGUCCCACUCUGGGUGAGGCCUGGCCUCUUCUGGCCCGGUUGGCAGACGUCCGAGGGCUCAUCUGCACCUGGCCCCAGUUGCCUCAGCCCCUCUGCACAGACCACACCAUGCCUAGAGCCCUGUGACUGGGCUGUCCUGCUGGCCGCCACCGUCUGCUUCCUGCACAUCUCAGUAUGCAGAACUGGGAAGGACCAAGUGACCUCUUCCUGCCUACAUUUAAU